UCAUUCCACAGCAUGAACCCCAAAGAGCUCUCUCAGGUAAUCAGAGGAGCAUUAGCUGAACGUGCGGCUGAUUUGUCACCAGCCCAACGCCAAGGCAUCCUCCGGAAGAUUAUUGCAUCCACAGAACUGUCAUCUGUGAUUGCGGAUAUGCAAGAACCUUUUUUCAAAGAGCUGUCGCUUUUUGAUUUGUGGACCGGAGAGGGCUUCAACUCUUCCCUAGUGAAAGAAAAGGAACUGAGGCCAAGCCAGGCCUUGUUUCUGUAUGAAUCAUUAUUAAAGAAGACUUCUCUUUCUGAACUCUUAAGUGUUGACCAACUGGUGAAAGGAGUAACAUGCUGGCAAAUUGAGAAUAUGAGUCCAAUUUCUUUUUUAAACGUUUUCAAAGUUUUUGAAAAGAAUCUUCACUUGCUCUCACCAUACCAGAUGAAUUGCUUGGCUUGGAAAUAUUGGGCCAUUUCCAAUACAUCUGUACCUUCCAACCUGUUAGCGCUGCUUCCUGCUGAGUAUCUGGAAUCCAUUACAGGAUCACGCUGUGUCCCUUUUAUAACCAGCCUGAGGAAGAUUGAAAUAGAUCACUUCAUUUUAAAUGCACAGAAUAAAAAAGCAAUUCUGGAAAAAGUACUGGACUGCCUGGUAAACAAAUAAUUAUUUUAUUAUUCA